AUGAGUUUCAAACUGACAAGUUUUCUUCAAGCGAUCGUAAUUUACGCGAUCGGUGGCUUUUACGCACUACAGUUUUUGCUGCGAACGACAUUGGAGAUUUUAUCCGAUCCCUGGCCAGUGAACUGGUCCACAAAAACGCGUUUAUUUCCACCAGCCAUUUUGACCGAUUCCAAACAUGGACGCCAUCAGUAUACCAAAAUUAAUGGAGUGCGGUUGCACUAUGUCGAAAAUGGAGAUCGAGAGAAACCGCUGAUGUUGUUUCUUCAUGGAUUUCCGGAGUUUUGGUUCAGUUGGCGUCAUCAACUGGAAGAAUUCGCCAAGGACUACUGGGUGGUAGCUCUUGAUUUGCGCGGAUUUGGUAAUUCAGAACAACCGGACGAUCCGGCCGCGUAUCGGAUCGACUUAGUUGUGGAGGAUAUUCGAAGCUUCAUCCAAACGAGUGGGCAUGAGAAAGCCAUUGUAAUUGGUCAUGGUUUCGGAGCCACAGUUGGAUUCCAGUUCGUUCUCAAACAUAUGCCUAUGGUUGAGCGAUACGUGAUGAUGGGAGGCGCGUCGCUGACGGUGACUAGAAGCCUGCUGUUAACUAGUUGGCAGCAAUUCAAGAUGUCUUGGAACUCUUUCUUCUAUCGUGUACCUAACUUGCCAGAAUUCUACGUUUCUUGUAAAGAUUUUCGCUUCAUCGAGCAAAAUAUGGGCCGUUUUCUGACUUUUCAGGAACUGGAAGCAUACAAGUACACAUUUUCCAGAAAAGAUGCGAUGAAACGAGCUCUGCAUUGUCUCAGAGAAAAUUUCAACCUCUGGAGAAUCGAAGAACGACUACCUGCGAUUGAUAUUUAUUCUCCAGGAUUGUAUCUCGUGGCGGAGAAUGACCAGUUUGUCUCGAUGCACAGUGCACCGGCUCUAGUGAAGGCUUAUGAUUCACUUAAAUUCCGUGUCGUUCCAGGGUGUGGCCAUUACAUGCACUUGGAGUCGCCUGCAGUGAUUAACAAGAUGAUCCGAGAUUUUCUGAACACCUAA